AUGGAUUCAGAAUCGCCCCCCCAGAUGCGCAUACUGCUCCUCAACCCCAAUUCCUCCGAGGCCAUGACCAGAGGGAUGGUCCAGGCUGCCAAAUCCACACCCGUAUCCAAUUCUGUAGAGAUACACUCCAUGACAGCCAGCUCCAGAGCUCCACCGAGCAUCGACAACAGUGAAGACAUCCAAGCCAGCACAAAAGUCGUCCUGAGCGAGCUGCCAGCCGCAGAUGCUGCCCGCAAUAACUGGGAUGCCAUCCUGGUGGCCUGUUUCAGCGUCCACACCCUCGUUCCAGAGCUGUCAAAUUGGUUUGACGGGCCGGUGACGGGCAUUUUCGAAGCCAGCAUCUUGACUGCCAUGUCUCUGCUGCGGCCCGGUGAGCAGUGGGGCAUCGUGACAACGGGAAAGUUUUGGGAGAAACAUCUCUCCGAUGGCGUUUACGAAUUCCUGGGCGUCGAUGCAGCAGGCCGCAGUACCAAGUUUGCUGGUGUGGCCUCGUCGGGCCUGACGGCAGGCGACUUCCAUACCGUCCCACCGGAAGAGGUAAAGACGAAAUUGAGCCUGGCCACCAAAGGCCUCCUUGAAUCGGGCAACAUUGCUUGUGUCGUCAUGGGCUGCGGGGGCAUGGCAGGGCUGGAGGACAUUAUUCGGUCCACCGCAAAGGAUGUGUACGGGGAGAAGAGAGCCGGGGAGCUGUACAUUGUGGAUGGGGUCAAGACAGGUAUUAUGCAACUGCAUCAGAGCAUAAAUGCCGCAAAAACCUUUAAAUAG